CCACGUGUUUACUUUCAACUUACCUUUUCUGGAGUACUUGUUACGAGUGACGUAGUGGCGUAAUUACUCCGUCGCCAAUCGGUGCUCCCUCCGGUUAUUCGAAAAAGUUACCGGGCGUCAAUAGAACAGUACUGGCGCAACGUAGCACAGUCCCGGCGCACGACUAUCAUCCAACCGCCUCUUCUUCAGGACUCUGUUCGAUUACGAAUAUCGAUCAAAACCCUAACCCUAGGCGUCUCAUAAUCGUCUCCAGGUUGCUUGAACUCGAAUUGUUGUAGUUGAAAUGAUUUCUGAAAUUUGAAGAAUUAUUGUGAUUGUCGGUGCAAUAUGGGGGGCAUUAAGCACUUGCCUGAGGCUGUUCAUAGUUCCGUUCGAUCGGGUAUUAUCUUGUUCGACUUUGCUAGAGUUGUGGAAGAGCUGAUUUUCAACAGUCUUGAUGCUGGUGCAACCAAGAUAUCUGUUGCAGUCGGUGUUGGAACAUGCUAUGUUAAAGUAGUGGACAAUGGUGUUGGUAUUACUCGCGAUGGAUUGGUGUUGUUGGGAGAAAGAUAUGCAACGUCCAAGUUUGAUCAGCUGACUGAAACCAAUGCUGUUACCAGAAGCUUUGGCUUUCGCGGAGAAGCACUAAGCUCCAUUUCUGAUGUUUCAUUGUUAGAAGUCAUUACAAAAGCUCAUGGGAGGCCAAAUGGAUAUCGCAAGGUCGUGAAGGGAUGCAAGUGCUUGUAUCUUGAGAUUGAUGACGGUAGGCAAGAUGUAGGCACCACAGUCAUUGUUCGGGAUUUAUUUUACAAUCAACCAGUUCGGAGGAGGCAUAUUAAAUCGAGCACAAAGAAAGUCUUGCAAUCAGUCAAGAACUGCGCUCUUAGAAUUGCCCUCAUUCAUCCGAAAGUUCUCUUCAAAGUUGUUGAUACUGAGAGUGAUGAUGUGUUGUUCUCCACGGCCCCAUCCUCGUCUACUUUGUCACUAUUGACGAGUGGUUUUGGUAUUGAGCUUUCCAGUUCUCUCCAUGAACUGAGUGUCUCUGAUGGUGUAUUAAAGCUUCUUGGAUACAUGUCGACUCCUUGUGAUACUUCAUCUGCUAAGGUCUUUCAAUAUGUCUAUAUCAACUCUCGGUAUAUAUGCAAAGGCCCAAUACAUAAACUGCUAAAUCAGUUGGCUACAAGGUUCAACUAUUUGGAUCAGCAGCAGGACAAAAUUGGGACCCAUAAUGCGAAGCGAAGUAGGUCUCAAACUUCCGCAACCUAUAUUUUGAACUUGAUUUGCCCAAGAUCUUGGUACGAUAUUACUUUUGAGCCAUCAAAUACGUCUGUUGAAUUCAAGGAUUGGUUUCCACUAAUUGGUUUUAUUGAAAAGAGCGUGACACGCUUUUGGAGUGAAAAGUUAUCUUACGGAUACUCUCUCGGUCACGUUUCAGAAGAGGAUAAUGUGCGGAGAGACACUGACAAGACAUUAUCACUAGAAGAAGAUUUGCCUAUGAAAUAUGAAAUUCCAAAAAGGAGGCGGGAGAUGCAACCUGAAGAGAGUGACAUAAUGUACUAUCCGAAAGGCAAUAGAUUUACUCAUUGUAAUGCUUCAGAAUUUGAAGAACAACAGACUGGGUUAGGAUUUGAUUGUGAAGUUGACUUCUCAUUCCAGUCAUGUGAUGGAUCGCAGGCACCUGAUACUAAUGUCUUUUCUACCAAAGACCAUUUCAUGCAGAAUGAAAUAUUUGCCGCAGAAAAAUCAAAAGACAAUACAGACUUCAUUUUAGAUUAUAGUUUGGAGAAUGGGCAUCUCAAUAUGGCUGGCGACAAGAGCAAUGGUUAUACAGGGAGUGCAUUAUCUUUCGAUUCUUCCGAAAUUUGCAAUGAGGUGGACAAUUUCAGCAACUAUUUUACAAAACCCUUUUUGCGGCAUUGCUCCACUUGGAAAACCCCUGAUAGAGAAUCGUUGGUUAGUUCUGAAGGAUUUGACUUUCAGAUGGAUGGCUUUAGGACCAAACGAAAGCGGCUUGAACGUAACCUGGUUGAUGUUGGAGAAAUGGAUGACAUUGACCAGAGGUUUGCCUUUGGUCAAAGGAAUCAAUGGCUUGAUGAGGUUGCAGAUGUUAGUCAUUUUGGCUCUUCCGAUCGUCCUUUUGAUUCUGAACAUUCUCCUGUUAUGUCAGAUUCAUCUUUUCUGACCAAAUCGCUUGGUGUAGAGAAAUUCUUUGGUGAGAAUGCUCUUGAAAGUUGCGUUAAAUAUGAUAUUGGCUCUAGAUACGACACUCUGGAAGACUGGGAAAUUAGGGACCAUAGUUUCCGUUUCAAUGAUACUAUUCAAAAUAGCUCAACCCAUGGAAACUGCUCCCCAUCAAGGUGGACAAACAUGUGCUCAGAUUCCAAAAGUUGUGAAAGUUUCUCAGGAGACAGUCUUGGAAUUUGCCAACAACACAAACCAUAUGAUGCUGUUUAUCCUGAAGAUUUGGAUGUGUUAAGUGAUGACAGAGAGUGGUUAUGUUUAGACUCACAUGGUAAACAUAAUGGUAACUUGCAUGCGACGUCACGCCGCUUUUCUUCAGCAAUUAACAGGGACAAGGUUGAAAACCAAAAAGAUCAGCUGACAUAUCAUGAGAAAGAGUAUGUUUGUAAGAAAAGGCCAAGAAGAAGCCAUUCAGCUCCGCCAUUCUACAGAGACAAGAAAAAAUUCAUUGCUUUGAAUGAUCAUUUGGUCAUGUCAGAUGGGAAAACAAAAAUCCACCCCGCCAGUGAUGACGUCCCUACUUCAGAAGAAACUACUGAGUUGAUGUAUUCACAGAGAUCAGCCGGUGUAUGUAAACUACACUCUGAGCCAAGUUCUGUGGAGGACCAAUUGAUCUAUACCCGACCAGAGAAGAAAGCGGUGGACAUGAGUGACUUUCAAGAUUUUACAAUGGAAAAGAAGUCAGAGGACCACAUUGACAGUAUGAAUUCAGGUGAAGACAUUCAAGAUCCUUCAGAUUCUGGGAUAAAAUGGCGGAAGUGCUGUCCCAGCACUGCACAGCAUGCAGGAAAAUUACGUUGUGCUCACAAUGAGGAUACUGUGCUUGAUGUCUCUUCUGGCAUCUUGCACCUAGCUGGUGAUUCAUUGGUUCCUGAAUCCAUCAAUAAGAAUUUUUUGGUAGACGCUCAAGUUCUUCAACAGGUGGAUAAGAAAUUCAUUCCAGUGGUCGGUAGUGGAGUACUUGCGAUUAUCGACCAGCAUGCUGCAGAUGAAAGGAUCCGCCUGGAAGAAUUGCGUCAAAAGGUGUUAUCCGAAGGAAAGAAGACAGUCACCUAUUUGGACAGUGAGCAAAAGUUGGUCCUGCCUGAAAUUGAGUACCAGUUAUUACACACUUAUGCUGAACAGAUUCAAAGCUGGGGUUGGCUCUGCAAUAUUCAUGCUCGGGGCUCAAAGUCUUUUAAAAAGAAUUUGAAUCUUCUACGCAAGCAGCCAACUGUUGUCACACUUGUUGCGGUUCCAUGCAUACUUGGAGUCAAUUUGACGGAUGUAGAUCUCUUAGAAUUUCUUCAACAGCUUGCUGAAACAGAUGGAUCAUCCACAAUACCACCAUCUGUCCAUCGGGUCCUUAAUUUUAAAGCUUGUAGAGGCGCAAUCAUGUUUGGGGACACGUUGCUACCUUCAGAGUGUUCCCUGAUUGUUGAAGAGCUGAAGCAGACCUCAUUGUGUUUCCAAUGUGCUCAUGGGCGACCAACAACCGUGCCUCUUGUCAACUUGGAAGCAUUGCAUAAGCAGAUAGCAAAGCUUGGAUCAUGGAGUGGUGGCUCAAAUGGAUCGUGGCACGGUUUACGUCAACAUCAACUCAGUUUAGAACGUGCAUCCCACCGUUUAAGCUCGGCUAUUGGCAAUGGUUGAUGAGAUGCCCCAUGGUUUUUCCAGUCUUAGUGAUGCCUGCUUGGCUGUGAUUUUUCGUGUCCUUUGUAUUCAUUGUGAGCUUAUUCUUUUAAUUCAUCGUGUAUAGUGUAUGGUAAAUUCCAUUUGAUAGUAGAAGUAUUAAUAAUACGGUUAUAACAGUGCAACAACCAGUGUAGAGUGACAAUUGUACGGAUGAGUCAUGUACUUUUGUAAUGCCAGUUAUAUGCAGAUAAUAAAAUUCACCCCUGUUUGUAA